UAAAAUAUGUAGUCAUCUCGCAAUUCUAACCUGUGCAAAGUUUGCUGCCAGUGCCUUGUUCAGCAAAUACAUCUCUCAAUAAAACUAGACUGUCAUUGACUAGCCUAGCUCCAACAUAUUGUCUACUUUUCUUGCAUUAUUUUGUACCAUUUUCCCAAGAAACAUGAGACCCUAGAUUCUUCAAUCCAGUUCAAACAACAAUAUAACUUCUCAAAACUCCGACUCCGACCAAUUUCAAUUCUUUCCAACACCCAUAUCUCCCUCUUCUUCUUCAUCGUCUCAAGAACCCCAUGGGAGACUACAGAUCAAGAUCAAGAUCAUACACUUACAGUGAUGAGGGAGAUAUGCAAAUAGAGAGAUACUACGGCGGAAAUGGACCAAAAAGGUCAAAUCUUGAACACAACCCACCUCAUAAUUUCAGGUCCUAUAGUGUUUCAUAUGCUCCACCCCCUCAAACCAACAUGGAUCUUGUUGUUGCUCGCACUACAAGAGAUUUUGAGUUCAAGAAAGGGAAGUCAACUGCAAAAUCAUGGAGUUUUAAUGAUCCUGAGUUCCUGAGGAAGAAGAGGGUUGCUGGCUAUAAAGUCUACUCUGUUGAAGGAAAAGUCAAAGGGUCAUUCAGGAAGAGUUUCAGGUGGCUUAAAGAUAAGUACACACAUGUUGUUUAUGGAUGGUGGUAGAAUCAGAGACGCAUAUAACUUCUAUCUUUCUCUCUAUUCAUGUAUGCAUAUGGUCUACUGUUUUCGACUUUUCCCUGUUCUUUUUGUUGUUGAUUUUGGGUUAAAAACGUAGAGUUUUUAGUUUUGUAGUAUACUUGAGUACUAGUUUUCUAUCUUGAUUGAGUUUCUGGUUUGCUAUUUCUGAAAAUCGAAAUCCAUAUGUUGCUUUUAUA